AUGGGAAGCCUGGCCAGAAAAGGUGCCAGCAUGGUGAAACUCUGCACCCUGAGCAUCCUCCUGAGCCUCCUGGUCCCCGCUCACACCACCAGAUCACCCGACUGCGGGGGCAUUCUCACCCCAGCAGGACUGAGCUACCUUGCUGAAGUUUCAAAGCCACAUGCAGAGGCAGUCCUCAGGCAGGACCUAAUGACCCCGACAGUCCCAGACCUGUUUCUCAGUUCCCCAAAGCCCAGCAGGAACCAAAUUAACGCCGUCAAAGUCACCGAGCUGUCUCUGUCGCUCAUCCCUGACACUGGGCUACGGCUGAGCAUCGAUGUGGACCUCGGGGUCACGCCUGCCCCCUCAACCACCAAGGUGAUGAGACUGUCCAUCCUGGCAGACAUCCACGUGGAAAUGAACCCCGAAGGGAACCUGGAGCUGGUGACCUCUGCCUGCAAACCCACCAUGGAGGAGAUGCAGAGCACCGAGGAGAUGGAAAGCAAGUCCUCUAGUUCAGACAUGGACAAGGAGAUUAACAUCGAUAAGAUUUGCGUGGAAGUCUCCAAAUUGCUGCUUUUGCCAAAUGAACAGCUGAUGUCUCUGACAGCUCAGUUCCCUGUCACGCCGAGCUGCCAGCUCCAGUACCUGCCCCUGGCUGCACCCAUGUUCUCUGAGCAGGGAAUCACCAUAUCCUUGCAAACGACUUUCCAGGUGGCAGGGAUGGUAAUCCCCCUGCCAGUCAGCCCCGUGCCAUUCAGCAUGCCCGAGGCGGCGAGCUCCAGCCCUUCCCACCUCACCCUGGCUUUCUCUGAGCACUUCUACACCAGCCUCUUCUUUGCCCUGGAAAUGGCUGGAGCUUUCAACAUGACCAUCCCGAGCCCAUUGACCACUGCCACCAUGUCACAGAAGAUUACUCAGAUGGGCUCCCUCUUCCAGGAGGACGUACCGGUGAUGCUGCAAGCUGUGUUCAGGAGCUCAUCUCGGGUGGUGCUGGAGGAAGGCAAGGCAGCCCUGAAGCUCUUCCUCACCAUCCACGUCGGGGCAAGCUCGUCGGCUUUCCAGAGCUUUCUGAGCAUGAACGUGGAUAUAUCAGCAGGAAUCCUCCUUAGCGUUGCCGACACAAGGAUGAUGAUCUCUGCAGCAACAAUAGAGGAUAUCGAGCUCAGCCUGGCUGCCUCUGACGUGGGUCCCAUACCGGCUGCCUUACUGGAGGAGUUAUUUUUGCCCACAAUCCGUGAGGAGGUUCUGGCUCAGAUGAACGUGGUCCUGAGUGAAGGCGUAUUCCUGCCCCACAUGUACAGCUUUACCUACACUGACAUCAACGUCAUGAUUCACAAGGACUACGUCUUGGUCCCCUGCAACCUCAAGCUACUCUCAAGGACUGGAGAGCAGACCACCAUGGGCUGAAGUCUGGUGUCCGGAGUAAGACAGUGGCAAA